AUGCGUGUAUUUAGAUUUUACUUUGGUAUCGAAAAUGAAGCUAAUGGACUAAGUCCAACUACCUACUGGAUUGUUACCGAAUAUUGUGCAAAUGGAUCAUUGUACAAAUUUUUAAAACAACGUUUAUUAAGUUUAGAUUUAGUUAUAAAAUUUGCUCAACAAAUUACGGCAGGUCUUAAUUAUCUGCACACAGAUUUUCGAACAUCUGUUAGUCAAUCAUCAGGUAUGAUCGAUGGUACAUUACCACAGCAUUGUUCAAUAGUACAUCGUGAUUUUAAAAGUGAAAAUAUAUUAAUAAGAGAAAACAUGACUGUGUGUAUUUGUGAUUUUGCAAUGACAGUGUGUUUAAAUCAAAGUACACUAAUGCCAAAUCAACACAUACAAUGUGGUACACCACGUUAUAUGGCUCCCGAAAUAUUAGCGUGCACAAUAAGUUCAGAUAACAGUGGAUUUUUAAAAAGUGAUGUCUAUGCGUUAGGUCUGGUACUGUGGGAAAUUGUUUCAAGGUGUGAAGGUAUUGAAGAUCACAAUGAUCCAUACCAGAUGCCCUACGAAGGUUACUGUCCACUAAAUCCUUCUGUAGAUGAUAUGAUUAAAAUGUUCAAAAAUUUUCCAUCCAUUCGUCCAAAAAUUCACUCCACGUGGUCACAAAAUUCGUCCAUAGAAGAAAUUCUAAAUAUAAUUCGAGAUUGUUGGAUACAAGAUCCAGAUACCAGAAUAACAGUAUCAAAUGCUAAUAGCCGAACAUCUGUCUCAGUUUUUGUGUAUUACACCUUUAUCGAGAAGAAAACAAACAUCAUAGUCAUGCCAGCCAUGAGUGUUCAAGCAGAAGCAUCUGCAACCGCUCAAGAAACUCAUCCAACAACGGAAGGACCAAUUGAUGUUAAAGAUGACUCUGAAUCAUCAAGUGACUCGGAUGAAUCAGCUACAGAAGGUGAUCAAACAGCAGGUGGCGAAGCUGGAAAACCGCAUCCACUAGCUGAAGCAACAGGCAUUCGAGAAGAAAUGCAAUCAAAACAGAAGCAAACAAGAAGUGAAAAGAAAGCAAGAAAAGCUAUGGCCAAAUUAGGUCUACGUCCUGUUACUGGUAUACUUCGUGUAACUAUUCGAAAAUCAAAGAAUAUUUUAUUUGUUAUUCAAAAACCUGAUGUUUAUAAAUCACCAGCAUCGGAUACAUACAUUGUUUUUGGCGAAGCAAAGAUUGAAGAUUUAACUCAGCGUGCUCAAAUUGCUGCCGCUAAUCAAUUUAAAAAUUUAGAGUCUCAAGUUGCAACAUCAGCAGAAUCAAAAGUUAAACCAACAAUACCAGAAGAAUCGGAAGAUGAAGAAGAAGUUGAUGCUGAAGGUGUAGAAGAAACAGAUAUUCAACUGGUUAUGAAUCAAUCAAAAACAACGCGGGCAAAAGCUAUUAAAGCAUUGAAAAAAUGUAACAAUGAUAUUGUUAACGCUAUUAUGGUAGGUUAAUAAUAUUUAUGAAUGUUAUAAAAAAUAUGGUAGAGCGAGAGAGUUAAUCAAGUCUUUGUCUUAUUAUUUUGAAGUUGUAGUAAACGAAUUAUGUACUAUUGUUAUUCUUUUCUUAUAGGAGCUGGCCGAAUAGUAUUUGAUGUGAAAAAUUGAACAAAUACAACAAACAAACAACGCAUAUUUUCCAAUCCGUACUUACAUUAACAAAAUUACGUUUUCUUUUUUUUGUCCUUGUUGAGUUUGUUUUCUUUUUUUUCUUCAUAGGAAAAACGGCUCGUUUGAUUUUCUUCUUUUUUUUUGUUUAUCAGAAAUAUUUGGAUGACGUAGGAAGUUUUUUCACACUGUGAGAGACAGAGAAAAGAGAGAAGAAAAUCAGUAUUUCAAUUUGAUAUCAUACUUUCCUAUUUUUCUCGAUCUUGUGGUUUGUUCUUCUGUGAUGAUUUAACUACAAAAAUAAAAAUACAUUUGUGAUUUAAACCAUAUUUUUGUUGAUGGCUGUACUCCAUAAAAUUAAGAUCAUUUCCGCAACUCAAGAAUAGAUAGUGACUUCAAAUUUUGUAUGGUCAUAUGUUUCACUGGAUGCUGAUCACACAACAAGUUUCAGAUUCUUUCAUUGAAUGGUUCGGUAGAUGAUGAAAACCUCAUGAAAUGAAAACCUUUUUCUUUUGCACAAAUGUAGCUCUCUAGCUCCCUUCUACCUCUGAUAUAAAUUUUGUCCGUUGGCGCCUAGUGAUCACUCGAAUACAGUAGUUUUAUGAUCAAGAGUCAUUUUUCGAAUGUGAGGUUCAUUCCAAAAAAAAAAAACAUUCAUAACUCAACCGAGAAAUAUUUUUUUCAUUCCAAAAAUUACAUCAGAUACUCUGUAGUGUCUAUAGAUUAUUUACGCAAAGUUUGAAGAUUAACUGUUAUAUAGUUCAAGAAAUUCAUUGAAAUGAGUGCCCACUAUUGAGACAUACGUGGGAGGGUGAGGAACUAAGAGUCGUCCUUUCUAUCAUAUCUUUUGCGAUUAAAGUAUAUCAUAAGGUAAAGUCGCGUUUCGCCAAUUCAACUUUCGCCAAUAGACAUUCGCCAUAUUGGCGAUUGGCGAAUGUCCACACGACAUUCGCCAGUACCCCUACGACAUUCGCCAAUUAUGGUGAAUGUCAACACGACAUUCGCCAUUGUUCACACGACAUUCGCCAAUUGUGGCGAAUGUCUCGGCGACAGUCGCCAGUACCUGUCCUCAGUAUAUGUGUGUGCGAGAGUGUGAGUGAGAGUGAGAGUGAGAGUGUCCGCACGACAUUCACCAGUUAUGGCGAAUGUCCCCUCGACAUUCGCCAAUUAUGGUGAAUGUCCCCUCGACAUUCGCCAAUUGGUCGAUUGGCGAAUGUCUCAUUGACAUUCGCCAACUUUUUUGGACAUUCGCCUAUUGGCGAAUGUCUACUGGCGAACAUUGGCGAAAGUUGAAUUGGCGAACGGCGACACAUCCGUU